AUGGAUCAAGAAAGGCUAUUAAGAAAGAUGAUAGGCAAGAUCUUUAGAUUUUUAAAGGAUGAUAACAGACGAAUGGAAGAAUUGUUGAAUCAGAUAAGAAUUAUUAUAAAGCAAAAAAAUUGGACUCAACUCGUUAAUUUGUCUCAGAAGGAAGAUAUAGCCACUGCUAUCGCCAACUUAUGGAUUAAAGUGAAAGAAAAAGAGUAUUCGAAUACUACUGAAAAUAAUAAUUCGACUACUGCUGAAAAAAAGGAUUCGAUUACUGCUAAAAAUCUAAAAUUUGCCUUAAAAUGGGGCUGCGCAAAUUUAGCGAGAGACCAAAUAGAGAAAAUGAGCUCAUAUGAACUGUCGCUAUUACUGCCAAAUGGAGCGGCUCAUGUAGAUUACAAGAAAGCUUUCGAAUUUCUGAAAAUGAUGAAAUCGAGUCAAGAUAAUUAUAAUACAUAUUUGUACCCUUGGAUAAUUGCAGAAAAAACAGUACCAGAUGGCCAUAACAGAAUCCAUUGUGAUACAGAUGUUUUCCAUCACCUAUUUGUUCUGUGUGUUUUGAGCCAACGCUUUGAAAUGGCUAUGAAGAUAUGGGAGCGUUCAUCGCAUCAAAUAGCCACCGCUUUGGUUGGGAAAAAAUUAGUUGAUAGUAUUAUUGCGCAGAUUAAUUUUAAAAGGGACACAUCGGAAUUGCAGGAAAUGUCAGGAAAAUUUCAAGAUAAAGCUGUUGAAUUACUAGAAACUUGUUAUCAAAACAGACUUUCAUUAACGUCUAUACUUAUAACUACUCCAAUUCCGGCUUGGGGCGGCAAUAACUGUCUAAGAUUAGCAGCUUCUAGUGAAGCAACUACCUUUAUUGCUCACGUCUGUUGUCAGCAUUGGCUAGAGAAUGAGUGGGUUGGCAAUACUACAGCAAAGAUAAAAGGAAGACAACUACAACCACAGAUUUCAUCAUUGGAAAUCGCUCUCUUAAUUUGGCAAUCUACGAUAUUCAUCGAAUUUUCCCUGAAGUUCCUUGGCUCCAACAAACUACGAUCUAAACCACAAAAAAAAAUUAAGAGGCUGUAUAAAUUAGAAACAAUCAACAUUCUUCUCUUUUGGCUCUGUUUACUUCGAUUUUUUUCAAGUCUUUUUGAAGUUGCUCGAAUUUUCUAUUGCUUCAAUUUUGCUGUAUAUACCACGAAAGAAAUUGGCUUUUUUUUGUUGUUGCUAGUUAUUUUCAUGAUCAGUUAUAGUGUGGCUAACUUCGGAAUACUACAGGCUUCACAAACGCCCCAGCAGACAAUUUAUUCUCUAUUUGCUGUUCCAUAUUGGAACAUGUUUGGAGAAUUGGAUAUCGACAGGAUCACAGGAAUGGAUCAGGGCUGUUUUUUAAGUAAUAGAACUAUUGGCAUUGAUGGUAAACCUUGUCCUCGCAAUAUAUGGCUAGCUCUACUUAUGUUGGCAAUCUAUAUGAUUAUAACAAACGUUUUGCUUUUGAACUUAUUAAUUGCCGUGUUCAACAAUAUUUUCACAGAGGUUGAUCAAAAUUCUAAAGAACUUUGGAAAUAUCAUCGAUAUGAGAUGAUUCUGAAAUAUAAACGCAAAUCACCCUUUCCUUCUCCCUUUUCCAUCAUUGGUAUCUUAAUAAAUUGUUGUCGAGGAAAAUUAGGGGCAGUAGAUCAAGAAGGGCCAUCCACAGCCAAGCAACGUGAACACAAGUUAUUUCUAAAAUUUGAAGUAAACUGCUAUCGACAAAUGCUAAGGAAAAAUUUAGUAGCUUCUGAACUAGGCACGACUAAGGAAAAUGAAAAAUCUAGCUAUGCCGAUGAAAUUGAUGCCCAAGUAGAUGUCUCAGAUUCAGAAAAUUCAUCAGAAAGACAAGCAACAAACAGAGCAGAUAAUAAUUCUAAAACAUCAAUAACGUGUGUUUAA